GGUAGGAACUAAUAGUUGACUCAGUGAAGAACCCGGAGUUCCCGUCUGGUGGACAUCUUCCGGUCGUGUGUCAGGUCAAAAUGCUCGUCCUCAGAGGUUUAACGAGAAUAAGAACGGUUUUAUUACAACAAGGAAACACAGGUUUAAGAAGUCUCACAACAACCUCAAAUGUAGUCCAACCAAACGAGGACAGGCUCAUUAAGAUGGAAAACCCCUACAAAGAGCCUCAGAAAGGAUGCCUGCUCUGCAAUGUGACUGUAGACUUCAAGAACACUCAGCUGCUGUCUCAGUUCAUCUCUCCGUACACCGGACGGAUCUACGGACGCCACAUCACACGAUUAUGUUCCAGGAAACAGAAGGAAGUGGCCAAAGCCGUGAAGAAAUCUCACGCUUUGGGCUUCAUGUCGGUCACCCACAAACACCCGGAGUUCAUGAAGGACCCGCACGUCUGUGGGAGACAACCUGGAGUAAUGUGAAAUGUGUUUAUUAAAGCUGUGUGUUUGUUAUCAGUCGCUCAUCUGAUAGGAUUAUUACUAAUCUAAAAUCAAUAAAUGUUGUUUUUUUUCCCUCUAA